UUUACAUCAUCGUAGUAGAGGUGAACACGUCGUAGUUGGCUUUGUGGUGAAGAGUGCAGAAGUGCAUGCUCGGUUUUCCUUGUUCCCAAGACAAAAAUGGCUCCGAAACGUGGUAUUCUUGAAAGACUUGACGCAGGGGAAGUUGUUAUUGGCGAUGGCGGUUUCGUCUUUGCGUUGGAGAAACGUGGUUAUGUUCGAGCUGGUCCUUGGACGCCAGAAGUUAAUGUAGAGUAUCCUUCGGCAGUUAAAGAACUUCACAGAGAAUUUCUGCGGGCUGGCUCAGAUGUGAUGCAAACAUUUACUUUUUAUGCCAGUGAUGACAAACUUGGGAAUCGUGGAAACACAGCAGCACAGAUUGGGUGCCAAGCCAUCAACCAGGCAGCAUGUGACAUUGCCUUUGAGGUAGCCAAUGAAGGAGAUGCUCUGGUUUGCGGCGGAGUAUGUCAAACACCAACAUAUUUGAGUGGUAAAGGAAAAGAGGCUUGCCAGAAAGAAUUUGAGAAACAAAUAGAAAUCUUCCUCAAGAAUGAUGUAGACUUCUUACUUGCAGAAUACUUUGAACAUGUGGAGGAAGCUGAAUGGGCAGUGGAAUCGUGUAAAGCCACGGGCAAACCUACUGCCGUUUCACUGUGCAUUGGGCCCCAAGGAGAUUUGCACGGCAUUCCUACUGGGGAAUGUGCGGUGCGCUUGGCUCAUGCAGGUGCAGAUAUUAUUGGUAUUAACUGUCAUUUUGGCCCUGAUGAAUCCAUUGAAGCAUGCCGUUUGAUGAAGGCGGCCCUUGAUGCAGCUGGGAUUAAAAAGCACUUGAUGGUUCAACCUCUUGGAUACCUUACUCCUGAUGCUGGCAAACAGGGGUUCAUAGAUCUUCCAGAAUUUCCUUUUGCUCUAGAGCCAAGACUGAUGACUCGAUGGGAUGCUCACAAGUUUGGUCGUGACGCUUACAAUGCCGGAAUACGCUUCAUUGGUGGCUGCUGUGGGAUUGAACCCUACCACAUCAGAGCUGUUGCAGAAGAGCUGGCAAAGGAGAGAGGAAAGCUGCCAAAAGCAAGUGAAAAACAUGGCCCUUGGGGAGAGGGGCUAAGGUUGCACACUAAGCCAUGGGUUAGAGCCAGGGCACGUAGAGGUUAUUGGGAGAACAUCAAGCCAUCAAGCGGCCGACCAUUCUCUUCUAGUAUGUCAAAACCAGAUGACUGGGGUGUUACUCAGGGAGACAAAGACUUGAUACAACACAAAGAGACAACAACUCAAGAAGAGAUGGAUUCUGUCAUCAACCGAGCCACAAACAAAGAGGAAGUUGUCAAUGGAAGUAACUAAGAUCUUGAAGUCAUUGUAAAUAGCCUAUAAAAAUUGCUGUAUCAUAGACGGAGUUUAGAAGAGUGUCUUUGGGAAUCUUUCCACGGUAAAUUGUACUUGUCAGUAGUAAUGUCAUUGACAUAUUUUGAUGAUUGAAAUGGAAUGUUAUCCAAGUCCUACUUGGAUCGUAUUUUAAUAUUCUUUUUAAAUUGCAAUUGCAAUAAUGAUAUUUGCAGUUAGUGGCGGCUGGUCUCUAUUUAAAGAUUUGAAUUUUGCCAAAGAAAACAAGUGCUGUAUAAUAUAUCCUCUUUUAAUCGGCAAAUCCACAGCUAAAUACCUAGCAGUGACGUGGUUGAAUUCCGUACAUGAUUUCCAUGAUUGAUUAAGAUAACAAAUUAGAUAUUUUUUUUAUCUUUCAUUGCCCUUGUUAAAUGUUUCAUUAAAUUCUUUGCUAAAUGAAUUUCAGUACGGGUCAGUUGUGUAAAUAAGUAUUAUACGAAUGCUGUCAUGUUUUCUGUAACAUAUGGGAUUCAAAAUUGCACUUUGUAAGAUUGUAAAUUAAAAAUAAAUGUAGUCUCGCAUAACGUCA